CUUUCUUAGAAUAGCAAAUAUGGGAGGCACAAAACGUAAGAUCGAGAUUGAGAACAUCGAAAGGAAAGAUAGGAAAACGGUUGCUUUCACAAAACGCAAAGAAGGUCUCUUCCGUAAAGCUUCAAAGCUCUGUCUUCUCUUUCCAGCCACUCGAAUCGCAAUCUUAGCGACUCCUCUUACUGCCAACUCUCACGCUUCAUUCUACUCGUUAGGCCAUCCCUCUGUUGAUCACGUUGUCUCUACUCUGCUCAACGGACAGCCUCCGGCAAACCAAUUAGAGAACAACAGUUCAUCAGGGUUAGGGUUUUGGUGGGAAGAUAAAGGUUUUGACGUAUCAGAGAACGUGGACGAGUUGAACGAGGCGGUCAAUGCGGUUUCUAGUAUGUUGAACCAUGCGAGGCUCCGGUUAGAUGAUGCCGUGAAGACCAAUCAAAGAGGUAGGAAUUUAGUGAUUCAUCAAGAGAAGGGGAAGGAGGUUCUUCGGCUUGGCAACGAAGACACAAAUCAGAUUCACAAAUUCGAACAAGGCGAAACUUCUGCUUCUGCGAGUUUGUUAAAGAACGAGGAGGACACUCUACACAUCGAUGAUUUUUUUACUGAUUUCCACAUUGAUCCAUUCUGAUUCGAUCAAUCUACACAAAUCAUUUUGUUUUAGGAUUUCUUUUUUAUAUAAUUUUGUUGGUUCGGAAUGAAGCUACGUACUAAACUAAAACAAGAAUCUUGUUCAGUUUGAUUGAAACUGAUAUACAUAAAUAAGGUUUCUU